AUGGCUCCUUCCGUCCUGCUCUCCAUCCUUCUUUUGGCCGCUUCUUCCCUCGCGCAACCCUUUUUCCUGCCGCCUCCGUCAUGCUUCGGACCUUCGUGCGGAAAUCCACCGGUCAGUUUUCCCCGUCACAAUCCCCCACUCGCUCACCAUUUUCAGGUAUUCAUCGGUCCUCCGUGCGUCGGAUUCGCUUGUGGGCCGCCUCCGUGUCUUGAUUGCCCUCCGCCACCGGUAAGUAACGGGAGACUGUUUGCCCUUGCUGCUGCCAGACUACUUGGAGACUUGCAACCAGAAAGUGUCCGAUUGUUUUCAGAUCAUCGUGGCCGCUCCUCCUCCGCCGCCUCCGUGCCUUUCCCUUCCGUGCCCACCUCCUCCAUGCGUCGGCAUCGCUUGUGCUCCCCCGCCGCCUCCGCCAAUUCUGAUCGCAGCUCCUCCACCACCGCCUCCGUGCGUCGGAAUCGCGUGCGCUCCUGCCCCGUGUGUCGGAUGUGCUCCACCACCACCGCCGCCGAUCAUCAUCAAUGCCCCGUCCCCGUGCUUCGGCCCUUCGUGCCCUCCGCCGUGCUUCGGACCCUCGUGCGCUCCUCCGCCAUUCUUCAUUCCACCGCCGCCGCCAACUCCGAUCCUCUUCGGAUCUGUCUCUUGCUGUGCUCCGAACAGUUAGUCUCUCACCCCUUUUUCAAUAAAACCCUCCCGUUUUCAGACUAUUCCUGCUGCGGAUCUCUCUUCCGGAAACGUCUUUUCAGCAAGCGCUCCGAGUCUUCCUCCACCGCUGCCCCAGAGACAAAUUAA